UCUCCUAAUAGUUGGUCGAUGAAAGCUUCACUUCUUACUACGGACCUGAAAAAGACCCCCCUAUUAUAAAACUGGAGAAUUUAUAACGACACUUUUGUUCUUCAUAUAUAGAGUUACGCCCUUUUAAAUUUUUCAAUCGAUGGUCACAAUUUUUGGGUUUGAAGAUAUAUUUUCCUAGAAAUUUUCUUUUUACAAUUCUCUUCAGAGCCAUGUGGUCAGGGUUGGUUGUAUAGUCUAUGAGGGUACCCUUGAAAGUAACCAUCUCAUGGGUAAGAAUGUUUAGAAGCAGCAGGAUCAGUUUCAUGGUAGAUCUCGAGAGAUUAAGAUCGGUCCUCGAGACGUCGUCGUAGCAGCUUUCAAAAGCAUUUCAAAAUAUUUUUAAAGAAUUUUGUGAUUUCUUUCUUUUUUUUAAAAAAAUAAAAAUUAGUGAAAAUGUGUUUUACAAAUUUUAAUUUUUUUUAAAAAAACAAAAUCAUUUGUUUUACAAUAGCCAAAAAGUGUUAAUUAUUGUGAUACUGGUUUAAUUGUUGAUUCUUAAUGUUGAGACUAUGGUUCUGUACGACGAGAAUGGUGCACGUUUCGCUGAAACACCUUUAAAUACAAACGAAUCGAAACACAUACAAUAUAAUAACGAAAGAAAAGAUAACUUUGGUUCUCCGGCAUUAGCAUCUGAGGCUAUCGUGGGAUCGCACAGUGCAGUUGUCUCAUCUCCUAAUCUUAAUUCGUUAAGUAACCAAGUUUCAAGAUCGCAUUUAAGAGGACUUACGGACAAAGGGAUUAUGGGCUACGAGAACAAUUUCCAGACAUCUGAAAAUCAAACUUCACUAUCUUUUAGUGACAAUUGUCUAAAUUACUCUCAGGAAAUAAGUCAACAUCCCAAGGAAAAUAUUACCACAUUUGAUUUGAAAGAACAAAUGCAGAAGUUGAACAAUUCUUCUUAUCAAGAAAAUGAAAUAUUUAUGGAUAUGUACCAGGAGCCGGUUCAACAAAAAGAACAACAAGAUUCACUUUCAUUUGAAAAUGAUUUCUUGUUGCCACCUACUUCAUACAGUGAUGAAAACAAAAAUAUAGAUAAUCUUAAUUAUCAGCCACUGAAUUACAGUAUUAAUUCUUUUGUAAAUACAUCGAAUUCCUGCAAUGAAAGAAGUACCAAUGUAGAAACAUCUCAAGCCAAUUUAUUUAAAUCUUCAACGUCAUCCAGUGACAGGAAUCUUCAACAAAAUUCAACGCCAAAUGAACAAGGGGAUUUACAAAUAUUACUGGAUUUAUUGGAAGCUCCACCUAAAAAGCGUCGAGGAAGACCUCUUGGUUCAAAGAAUUCUGAUAAGAAAAAGCAACCUUUCAACAAUGAGAAAAAGGCUCCCAAGAGGAAAAAUAAUACUUCUAACCCAAAACCAACAUUAAAUAGUAAACAUCCUCGAGUUGAUCUACCAUCGCAACAUCAAACCUUAUCACCAUAUUCACAAAUUAGACCUGAGAAUUUUUCACAAACAAAGGGAUAUUCUGUCCUAUCUCAACAAAAUGAAUUUACUCAACAAUCCACUGGAUUUAUUCCUCCUCUUAAUUCUUCCCAACAAUCUUCUCAAUUUAUUCAACAACCAUCUAGUUCCAAAUCUUCUGGUUCAUCUCUAGUUUCUCAAUCCCCUGGUUUUUCUCAACUUCUUCCUAGUUCACACGAAUUUUCCAAUACGCAAAUUUCUAAUUUUUCUCAACAACAACAUUCUUAUCCAGAUUAUUCUCAACAAUUACCAAAGUUUUCUCAACUUUCUGCAUCUUUAAAAAGUCCCCCACAAUAUUCCGAACACUUAGGACAACAGUCUGUUAAUAUCAGAUCUCAAUAUGGACCACAACCAAACAAUCCUUAUUUACAAUCGCUACCUGAUUAUUCCGAUCAUAUUUAUAAAUAUUCCCAAUCAUAUACAGAUUAUGUUAAACAUUUACAAUACUAUCAAAAUUAUCCUCAAUUUUACGAUCAAUCUGAAAGUGAACUUCAAAAUUUUCCUCGAUUAAUUGAUGAUUAUAAUCAAACCAAUAAUCAGAUACACUUUCAAAAUCAACGAUUUCCAAUUCAAAAUCAACAAAUACAAAAUCAUGUGCCAUUUCAAAAACAAACAUAUAUUCCAAAUUCAAUGUAUAAUCAAAUUUCACCUCAAAAUCAAAUGCCUCAAUACAAACCACCACAAAACAAACAAUCUUCAUAUGAAUCGAAUCAAUCGGCUGAAAAUCAUCAAUCUUUUCAAAAAUCCAUCAAACAUUAUCAAUUUCCUGGACAAAUUCCAUAUGAAACUAAAGGAAUUUAUGAACAAAUGAAAAGAAUUUCCGAAUAUGAUCAAAGAAUUGGAAAAAAUAUGCAUUUCAUCAAUGGCGAAUCAUAUCCAAUGAAUUAUCCUGCAAAUGAUUCACAAUUUUUUCCCCCUUAUAAUCAGAUGUUAAAUCAACAAUUACCUGAAAGUCAUUCUGAACCUAAAUUUUUUCGUUCUUGGCAUACACCUGAAAAUAUGUCACAAAAUAAUAUCGCUAAAUUCUCAAAAAAUACCAACAAUAAUAGUAAUAGUACAAAAUUCUCGACAACUGACUUUUUAACAUCAAAAAUAGAUCAAUUAAAAAAUAAUUCCUUUUUCCCAACUAACAAUAAUGGAGAAUUUAUGACAACAAAUUUUUUAAAAGAUAAUAAUUUCUCAUCAAUUAAAUCUUCUACUAUUGAUAAUACAACAAAUUAUCCAAAAUUUGUCAGUAACAGUGAAAAUCUUCUACAGGAAAAGAAUUCAAAUUUUUAUGAAGUCGGAGCAAUGCAGUAUACAAAAAACAUUGGUACCCUACCAAUUCAACAGAAUUUUGCAGAUCCACUUAAUUUUUUAGACAAUAAAAUUAUAGAAGAAGAAGAAGAAAAAUUACCACCUUCAAUAAAUAAUUCUUCAAGAAGAACAUCGAAGAAAAACCUCGAGAAACAUAAUCACAAUAAUUGUCAAGAAAAAAUUAUUCCAUCAAAUGAUAAUUGUGUUUUAUCAAUUACAGAUUCAAAGUCAAAAAAUUCUGAAAACAAUUUGGAUACUAGAGAUUGGUUAUUAAAAUCACCGGCGCCACUUGAAAUUGACUGUCCUGAAAAUCAAAAAAGAAAACGAAGAAAGUAUCGAACUGAAUAUAGACCACAUAAAGGAAUUGAACACGCUGUUAGAAGAUACAGAGCCAAAGGUUUUUCAACAAGAUCGCCUUUGCCAAAAAAAAUUGAAUUUAACCCUCUUGCUGAUAAUAAUGACAAUGAAUUUGAUGAUGAUGAUGAAGAUGAUAUUUAUGAUGAUGAUGAUAUUGAAGAAAUUAAAGAAGAAAACAUAGGAAAAAGAAAAGAUGAAGAAAAGAAAGAAGAAAAAGAAGAAAUAAAAAAAGAAGAACUAAAAAAAGAAGAAAGUGAUGAUAAAAAAGAAACCAAUUUUUCUCAAAAUAAUUCUAAUCUUGUUAUUAAAAACACAAAUUCUGAAAACAGUGAGAAAAAUCUCCCUACUGCAUUUGAUAUUAUCUCAGGUCGUUGGACAAAAAAGAAUGGAUUUAAAAAAAGUGAAAUACAUCAUCAAGGUCUUCCUGAUUUACAACAAUUAUAUGAAUUCAAUAAAACAGCUAAUUCCAAACAAUGUAAUUUAGGGAAAAAAAACAAAAGCAAUUGAAUAGUCAAUCACUUAUAUUGUCAUAGAGUAAGAAAAA